AUGUCAUUGUCCCCAACCAAACACAGAACUUUAUCCCGUCAACCGUCAUCUCCUUCCCUCGCCGUCGGUUUACCACCCGCCCUCCCCGAAUCCAACAUCAUGCAACCUUCCUCCCCGUCCAAAAUGCCGAAAACAAGGUCACGUAAACGUGUACAUCGGGGUGAUGUUUCCUCUUCAGCCGCAUCAUCUGAGAAUGAACAGGAGGAUGCUACUCAGAUAACGCCGAAGAGGAAGAUCAUCAACCCUGUAGAAGCACCUUUGCCACCUUCAACAGGCAUAAAGUCAAAGAAGAAGAUGACCCUGCAAGAAAGAUUAGCUGCUGCUGCCAAUGCCAAAGCGGGAGCUUCAGCUGAAGGAGGAUUGAAAGCGAAAGUGAAGAGUAGUAAAAGUAUAGCAGAUAUGAGUGAACCAGCGACCAUAGCAGAGAGCUCUUCAUCAGCUUCUAUGUUGAUGACACCACAAACGAGAUCAGAGAUACUCUCUUCUAGAAAUGCAGCUUCUUCCUCUAGCUCAAGUGAUAAAGUGGUAGUCUGCGUUAGGAUCAAACCGACUAAGAACCCUUUUGCAAACAUAGCAUACGAUAUCUCACCUACCUCUUUAUCAUUGUCAGAUGAACAUCCAAAAGUGAAGCAGCGGGGCGGAAAGGCGGGGAGAGAGGAUGGAUAUACAUAUACGUUUGACAAACUUCUUCAAUAUCCAUCAACUACACCUGAGCUCUAUGGAGACAAAGUCGCACCAUUAGUCGACAAGGCGAUGCAUGGGUUCAACAGUACUAUUUUUGCGUAUGGUCAAACUGGUAGUGGGAAAUCCUUCACGAUGACUGGAACCUCGGAUGAAUUGGGUAUCAUACCCUGUGCUGUGGACGGUGUAUUCGAUGCUAUUACUGCUGACACCGAACGCGCGUUCUUGUUGCGAGUAUCAUAUAUCGAAAUCUACAACGAGACGCUGCGUGAUCUUCUUAACUUCAAGAAAGGACCGCUCAAAGAUGACGAGAAGCCUGCAAUACACUACGCCAAGGGCAAAGUCUACGUCGAUCCGUUAGUCGAAGAGAUAGUAUCCACACCGCAAGAUGUCAUCGAUCUCCUGGAAAAAGGAAACGCUCAAAGAAGUAUAGGGGCAACUGAUUGGAACGAACGGUCUUCUCGAUCUCAUUGUGUUUUCACCAUCGUUAUCGAGUCAAGGCCUAGGGAUGGUGAUGGAGAUGAUGAUAUUAGGUUAUCUCGACUGAAUCUGAUCGAUCUUGCCGGAUCUGAAAAAGCUGUCUCCGAUUCCGAGCGACGAGGCGAAGGGAAACAUAUCAACCAGAGUUUGCUCGCCUUGCGAGAAGUCAUCAAUAAGCUUACCGAGAAGACCAAGGCGACCCAUAUUCCAUAUCGAAACUCGAAACUCACACAUCUGCUCGAGAAUGCGCUUGGUGGUGAUUCAAAUAUCUGUGUCAUCUGCACCAUGUCAGCCGAAGAAGAACACUGUGGCGAGACGCUAGAGACACUGAAAUUUGCCGGCCGUUGUUCGCAAGUAAAGACAAAUGCCAAGAAGAAUGUUCUGCAAUCAUCGGAACGCGCUUUGAUCAAAGCUAAGGAUCAGGAGAUAGAAGAAUUGAGGUCAAGGCUUGCCACUCUUACUAGAAGUGAAAGUUUACCGAAGGUGGAACCUCAGAUUGAACCAACGUCCAAUCUUGCUGAUUCUGUCGCCGCAAUGGAAGCUAGAAAAACCAAAUUGGUCGCUCAGUUGUCCAAACUGAAUGGAGAAAUUCUCACGUCCGAGCUGCCAAGAUCUGGCGCUGGUCUACCUUUAUCACCUCCCAAACCAAAGAGACGAAGAAUCAGUGAUUUCUCCGCGAUAGUGUCCACUGGCACGGGCAGAAUGGGAAUCGGCUUAGGCACACCCAAAAAGACGGUCGAUCGAAGAGCGAUCAGUGGUAUGAGCAGGUUGACAGAAGAGUCAGAGGAAAUGCCUGGAAUCAUCGGGGCGUUGAAACAAGCCGCUGGCGGCGAUGUCGCCAAGAACUUUGAACAGGAUCGGGCUUUAGCAGCUGCUCGGCGGAAUCUUGCUGCCAAGGAAGAGGAGUUAUCACUUGCCAACCGAAAUCUGGCAUCUGCUCUUUCGCGAGCUUCUCAAUUAUCCGACCGAGAUGCAAAAAUCGCUUCACUCGAAAACGAACUCCGUCAGGCUCUUGAUGCUCUCGCGUCCACCCAGGAAACCCUCCAACGAACCGAGACCGAUCUCAAAGAUCAAAAUUCGCAAUUGGAAAGUACCCGUACGGAACUGGUCUCUACGAUAGAAGAUAAAGCCAAGAAGAUCGAUGAAUUGGAGAAUAAAGUGAUUGAUCUUAGAAGCAGUAGGGAGGAGCUUGUGAUUGAGGAUCAAGUCAGGUUAGAUGAAGUGCAGAAAAUAGUGGAACAGACGAAGCAGGAGAAGGAUCAAUUGAAGGCUGAGCUUGAUACCUUCAAAGCUCAAAUUGUUGCUUCCGAGGCAAAGAAGGAUGCCGAUGUGGAGGAACUGAAUAGUGAAAUCAGAAAACUGAUUGAUCAGCAAACCGAAUAUACCGCUCAGCUGCUAACCGCCUCUCUCAAAGCAAAUGAGUACGAAGUCACCAUCUCUACCUUGCAAUCCCAGAUCAACGAACAUUCGACUUCCCAAUCGACUCUCGAAGCUGAGAUGGCCACACUGCGAACCGAGAAGUCACUUGCUGAGCGCCAAACGGAAGAAGCUCGUGCUGAUCUCGAUCGAUCCCAGCGAGAAGCUAUGUCGAACGAAGCGAAAGUCUUGGCUGAAUUGCGAGAGGAGAUUGGAAGGUUAAGAAAAGAAAGGGACGAAGAUAAGCUCGCUUGGAAGAGGAUGCGGGUAGAGAUGGAGGCUUCCGCCGAAAGUUCAGAAAGGGAAAGGGAAAUCCAAGAGCAGGUCAACGGACUUUCUGGAAAGCUGGAAGAUAUUGCGAAAGCCAAUGGCCAACUAGAAGAUCAGCUCCGACGGGAAUCUGAAUCCAAACUUGCUAUCGAGAAGGAACGAGAUAACCUUCAAUCUCGAAUGAUCGCAGCUGGCGGCGCCGAACAGCAGCUUCAAGCAGAAAUCGCAACCCGCACAGCGUUGCAAGCUCAGCUGGACGAUCUGACCCGACAACUUGCGCAAUCCUCGGUUAACCUCGACACAACACAUCAAUCUCUGCAGGAUCUCAGAGAGAAGUUCUCUACAGCUCAAAAAGAUCUCGGGAUCCAAGAGAAGCGACUAGAAGCCGAAUGUGCCGCUCGACAAGAAGCUGAGAAGCGGAUAAUAGAAUCGGUUCAAGCUCGAGAUCAAGCUGUAGCUGAGGUGAAGGAAAAGGAUCAGCUCAUAGAGCAGGAAAGGUCUUCAAGGAAAGAGGUAGAGAAGCGAGUUCAGCAGUUGACUGAUCAACGUGCCGCAAACUUGCAAGGCGUAAAGGAAAUUAGAAGGAAAUUAGAUGCCGAAGUGGCAGUUCGAGAGGAGGUUGAGAAGCAAUUGUCGCAGCUGAAAGAGAAGGAGGUAGCUGCGAAUUUCGAUGAAGAUGCUCUCAAGAAGAAGUUGGCGGAUGAGAUUUCUGCGAAGGAGGAUUUUCAACAACAGCUCAACGAGGUCACAACUCAUCUGAAAACCUUAACCGCGAAGCUUAACGAGAAGGAGGAUAAUCUUUCAGCUGCUACAUCGAUCAGGGAGGAUCUAGAGAAACGGCUUCUGAAGCUGACAGAAGAUCUGCAAGCUUCGACUACUGCUUCACAAUUGAAGGAGCAGGAGCUUAACGCUCUAGCUCUGACAAUCGCACAAGCCGAGGAAACGAUUGCUCAAUCGUCAUCACAAGAUAAACAUUUGUCUGAACUGCAAGAACAGCUUUUGACUGAAACGAACGCCCGAAAGGCAGCGGAGCUUCACCUCACCAAGGUCUCAGCCGAAUUGGUCAACAAGCAUGAAGCAGCUCAACAUGUUCUCGAAGCAGAAUCCCUGUCCCUCCGUCAAGCUCUGAAGACUGCUCAAAAGGACGCUUCGGAUGCGAAAGUGGAGUUUGAAGCCCAACGUAUCAAGCUCGAUCAACUAUCAUCCGAACUGCACGACCUCAAAUCCAGAUCUGAAGUUACCAUCACCACCUCCAUAUCGUCUCGAUUACGUCCCUCAGCUCCUGGUCCUGGUCACGGUAUUGACAAAGACAUGUCGGCGACGGCCCUUGAUAGCUUAAGAUCUCGUUCCAGACGCGGCGUUUCCAGCGGCACUGGUGCGUUGGAACGAGACGCCUCGUUAGCUAUGCUGAAAGGAAGAGAGGAGGAGGAGAUUGAUAGGUUAGAGAAGAUCAUUGAGGUCCAGAAGGAGAUUAUCGAUGAGCAAAGGGAGAAGAUCGAGAGAUGGGGCAAAGAAAUGGAAAAACAAAGAGAGAUUGUCCGAUUGCUCACUAACGACAAUAAUACACCCGUACCAUCACCUUCGCCUCUACCGAUACGAACCGGUUCCCCUCGAGGUCAUGGAAAAUCCCAUUCCAUCUCUCAUUCUCCAAUGCCCUCUGCAUUGCCCAACGCCAAGGGUCUGGUAUCCACUUUCACUGCUCGUAACCUUGCAUUGCCAACCAGCCCAAGUCCACUUCCCAUGCACCCCACUCAAUUUAGCAAUUCUUCAGCUAGGACUCGAAGGAGGAUUACGAUUGAGCAUGACAUCGAUCGACUUACUGAAACGAGCAAAGUCAACAAGGCGAAAGCGAUGUUCGAAUCACCCGAGAAGAGUACCGCAGCACCUGCUACACCUCCCAAGGUACCACUUCGAGCAACUCAGAGUGUCAGAUCGGUGCCCAGGCAGCGUCGGCCAUAG